AUGCCUCUCCCGAUCCCCACCACCGAGAAGCCUUCGACUUCUGAGACCAAAGAGUCGAACGUUGUAGCCAACCAGGGCUCUCAGAGCUCCGCUGAGAUUGGGAAUCAGUCGUCGCAGAUGGGCUCCACGGACCAGCGACCGCAGUCUGAUGCGGAGAAGGCGGCGGACAAGCUCUACGAGGAGAGGAUUGAGGAGGAAAAACGAGGCAUGAUUAACGGAGAGGCGAGCAGGCUUGUAGUGUGGCAGGUGUCGAGCGUUGACUGGGGCAAUACUACGAGGAGGCCGGGCUGGGACGACCUCGAGCGCUUUGUAUCAGUAUCUAUGCUUCUUGUACCAUAA